UAUGGGUAACUGGCCGUGGGCAAACUUGCCCAGUGUUUAUAAAUGAGCCCCAGUGCGAACAAGAGGGAGAGACCAAAGAGCCAUCAUGUGAGGGGAGUUAGACUGAGCAGAAGGAGGGAGCGGAUCCUGCGAGUGAAAUAGAGGGGCAGUAGCUGAGAGACACGAGGAUAUAUACAGAUAUAUUCAAACUUGUCUGGACUCCGAGUUUGCUGGAAUAUAAUUUGACGAUACCUCCCAUUUUAGUCGCAUGACUGUGACGUCGACCACCUCCCUCUGCUGCUUCGUUCUGGCCUCUCCCAAUGGCCAGCUGUCAAACGAGCGGAAGUGACGCAAAUGCGGAUGUUUUGAUGUGUCUGGUCAUGGAGUCAGAUGGCUACAAGCUGGCAUUUGAAAAACAUGGCGUCUUCCUUCACACCAGUACAAAGAGACAGCAUGAUCAGGACUCCAUGAUCCAGGGCGUGAUCCGUAUUAUUGAAAAAUCAUCUGAUGUGAUCUUGCAGUGGAUUCCUGUGGAUGAAGAUGAAGAUGCAGCACAGAUUCAUUAUAGAAAAGAAUCUCCAGGAAGCACCGAUUGCAGGACUGAAGAAGAACUGUUUGAUCCCGGGUAUGAGCCAGACUGGGCUGUUAUCAGUACUGUGGGAACUAAAGGUCGCCCUCAAGAAGAGACACCAAAAGCCCCAAAGUCUGGUCACCGUGGGAAGUGGGCCUUUAUCAUCAGCUUAUCAGAUCUGAAGUCCAUCCGGAAAAGCAAGCCUGGUUUGGGCUGGUCCUACCUCAUAUUUAUUACAAAAGAUGGCGUUUCCUAUCAGGCCUUGCAUUUUCAUCAGGGCGGAACAAAGGCCCUUCUCAAAGCCCUGCGCAAAUAUAUCAUAUUAGCCAACUCUCCAAAAGACUCCCGUCUAUAUUUGGUCUACCCGCACGACUCCCAUGCUCUGUCCCAUUCCUUUGAUGAACUUCAGAUGUUUGAUGAUGGUUCUUCUGACUUAUUUUCUAGGUUUUUUGGGGAUCCUUAUACUGCAACGUUUGGGGGAUUUUCAAAAGUCACAAACUUUUUCCGCGGUGCCCUUCGGCCCCAGGAUGGAGUUUACCAGCGGCCUUUAUCAGAGAUGGCUGUUGGAUUGGAAGAUGAGCCAGGGUUUGAAGUGAUCACUUGCCAAGUUGAACUGGGAGAGCGUCCAAUUGUGCAUCGCCAGGAACCUGUAGGUGAACAAGAAUGGGAGUCCUAUUUUGAUCUGGAGGGCCGUGUGAUAGAAGUGGAAGGCCUGAAAAGGAGAAUCUUCUCUGGGGGUUUGAGUCCUGGGACACGGAAAGAAGCAUGGAAAUUCCUUCUUGGCUACUAUCCAUGGAACAGUACAGUGGAAGAAAGAAAGACAAUCGUUAGAGAAAAGACGGAUGAAUAUUUCCGCAUGAAGCUGCAGUGGAAAUCUGUUACAGACGAUCAGGAGAAGAGGAACACUCUGCUGAGAGGCUAUCGGAGCCUGAUAGAAAGGGACGUCAGCCGCACAGACCGGAACAACAAGUUCUACGAAGGGAAUGACAACCCAGGGUUAGGUCUUCUCAAUGAUGUGCUUAUGACCUACUGCAUGUACAAUUUUGAUUUGGGUUAUGUGCAGGGAAUGAGCGAUCUCCUCUCUCCCGUUCUCUUUGUCACACAAAAUGAGGUUGAUUCCUUUUGGUGCUUUUCUGGAUUCAUGGAGUUGGUGCACCAUAAUUUUGAGGAGAGCCAAGAAAGCAUGAAGAAACAACUGGCCCAGCUGAACCUUCUCCUCCGUGUGUUGGAUCCAGCACUAUGCGAUUUCCUGGAUUCCAAGGACUCUGGGAACUUGAGCUGUUGCUUCCGAUGGCUGCUGAUCUGGUUCAAGCGGGAGUUUUCCUUCCAAGAUAUUCUUCUUCUUUGGGAGGUGCUGUGGACAGGUCUGCCUUCUCUGAAUUUCCACCUUCUGAUUGGCUGUGGCAUCCUGGACUUGGAACGAGAGGCACUGAUGAACUCCGAUUAUGGCUUGAAUGAGAUCCUUAAACACAUUAACGAGUUGACCAUGAAGAUGAGUGUGGAGGACAUUCUGUGUCGGGCCGAAGCUCUGCAUCAGCAGUUGGCGCAUUGUCAGGAUUUGCCCCUUAAUGUUAAAGAGCUUCUUGGUUUGGCAGAAUUCAAGAGCCCAGCCCCCAGCACGGAUACAGCCAGCCCACUGCAACCCCUCUCACCAAGCCAAGUCCACGAGUUGGAUCUUACAGACAGCGUAUCUCCAAGCCAGCCUGACAGCAGUAUUGAAAUCCUGCCCACAGAAGAUACUACAACCUCUCAAAGUCUGUCGCCUUGAUUAACCGCCUCUAAUUCGGGACUCGGUGGGACUUGGUUUUCCUUUACAGUCGUCUUAUGCUUUAAUUUCAUACAUGGGGCCAGUCACAGACUGAUUUAAUGGUAACACACAAAUACCUGUUAUGUUUAAUAUCAAUUGGCUGUUUGCCUUAAGAAUUUUAGCCCCCUUCCUACACACCCUUUAUUCCACGUAGAUAAACCAUUUCCUACCAUUCUGACUGUUACAGAAUGGUAGGAAUACACCCCUCUAGCUGUUUGUGAACUGUUCAACACUUAUUUGUGUAAUAGACACACUAAACAAUGUGUUGAACAUUAAGCCCCUCAUCAUUAUCCAGGAUAUUCAUGUGCUCUCAGCACUCUGUUCUUAAUGCAGUCUGGUGCGUGUGCCCUUAGGACUGAGGCUGAUGUAUCUCUUACCCAAUGAACAAGAGGGCUCAGCAGAUGCAACAGAACAGCACCAUCUUGUGGUCAUGAAUAGAUGACACAUUGGUGUGAUACGGCCAUUUCCACAUAUACAGUAUGUAAAAUGCAGUUGUGCAGAAAAGGAAUGUUUUAGCAUGCGCUAUAAUCAAUGAAUCCUUUAUAAUUUAACUCCUAACAAAGGAAGAGCAGUGAAAUAUAAAUGUUAACUAGAAA